GCGGGAGGCGGUCGCUGUGGCAACGUGCCGUGCGGCGCAGGGGAGGGGAUGCUCGGCGCAGGGAUGGCUCCCGGCGGACGGGCAGCGCUGCCUGCGGCGGGCCAUGGGCUCCCCUGAAGAGGGAAUAUCCGAGCCCCAGCCCGGUGUCGGCGUCCAGAGGGAUGUGGAGCCACAGAGGCAGCGGACCCUGUGACUGACACAACCUCUCCCGCCCACAGCUGAAUGGAAAGACUGCAGAAGCAGCCACUGACCUCCCCUGGGAGCGUCUGUUCUUCCCGUGGAUCCAGCGUUCCUGGAUCGCCCUCCAGCAUCGUGGCCAAAAUGGACAACGAGGUCCUGGGAUACAAGGACCUGGCUGCCAUCCCUAAGGACAAGGCGAUCCUGGACAUCGAGCGCCCCGACCUGAUGAUUUAUGAACCCCAUUUCACCUACUCGCUCAUGGAGCACGUGGAGCUGCCCCGGAGCCGGGAGCGCUCCCUGUCUCCCAAAUCCAUCUCUCCCCCUCCGUCUCCGGAGGUCAUCCGGGAGUGGCUGGAGAGCCGGCAGCCCCCCACCAGCACCCCCGUGCCCGCCUCGCGCCAGGGCGGCUCCUCCACCCGCAGCAGCGUCCAGCACUUCCACCGACCCGAGACCGACACGACGGAGCUCAACAUAUACAAGAAGCCCCCGAUCUACCGGCAGAAAGACCACCAUUCCAGCGCCCACCACGGGAAGCAUCUCAUCGAGGACUUGAUCAUCGAAUCCUCCAAGUUCCCGGCGGCGCAGCCCCCCGACCCCAACCAGCCCGCCAAGAUCGAGACCGACUACUGGCCGUGCCCCCCGUCCCUGGCCGUCGUGGAGACGGAGUGGAGGAGGCGGAUGGCCUCCAAGAGAGGGGAGGAGGAGGACGAGGACCUGACGGAGGAGAUGAAGAACCUGCGGGAGCUCCAGAAGCAGGAGCUGAGCAAGGUCACCUCCAACCUCGGGAAGCUGAUCCUGAAGGAGGAGAUGGAGAAAUCUCUCCCGAUCCGGAGAAAAACCCGCUCGCUGCCGGACCGGACGCCCUUCCACACGUCCCUGCACACGAGCUACAAGAGCUCCUCCCUGCCAGCCUCGGGCAGGAGCACCCUCACCCGGCUGCAGUCGGCAGAGUUCGGCUCGGCGGGGAGCGAGAAGGGCAGUCCAGCCCUGCAGAACGGCCAACGCGGGCGCAUGGACAGAGGGAACUCCCUGCCCAGCAUGUUGGAGCAGAAGAUCUACCCCUAUGAGAUGCUGAUGGUGACGAACCGAGGCCGCGUGAAGCUGCCGCCCGGCGUGGACAGGACCAGGCUGGAGAGACACCUGUCCCCCGAGGAUUUCCUGAAGGUCUUUGAGAUGCCCCCGGAGGAGUUCAGCAAACUGGCCCUCUGGAAGCGCAACGAGCUGAAGAAGAAAGCCUUCCUCUUCUGAGCCCCGCCCGGCCCCGAGCCCAGUCCGUGUCGCGCCGUGUACCCGCUUUAGGGCUCUCAGCCGGUUUUUAGGGCCCCUUUCCCACACCCCCAGACCUACCCCCAUCCCUCCUGGCCUUGCUCCUCCCGUGGGAAACGGGCUCGGGAGGGGCUCGAACCUGCCUGGCCACGGGGUGAUGGGGCAGCCCCCGCCCCGGGGCAGGCACGGUUCAGCCAGGAGGGGUGGUUUGGGGGCGUCUCUGGGCUUUGUACCCCCUUUUUUCCCCCCCCUACACCCCUCCCGGGACCACUGGCAGGGGCAGUGCCCGGCUCUGCUCUCAGCCGGUCGGGAGCACACUGGCUCCGGAGGGUGGGCACUGGAUGGGGGGGGUUUCCCUCCUCCCUGGGGGUCUGCUACCUUCAGCCCCCACAGCCUGGGUGCCCCUGUGCCCCCUGGGUGCCUCUGUGCCCCCUGGAGUGCCCCUCUCCCACCCUGAGACUUGGGAAGAGCCCGGGGGCCGACUCACUGCCAGACUGAUGUUCUCCCGGGAAAAACCAGGCUGCCAUCCCACCCUGCCCCACUCCAGCCCCCCCCCCCCAAUUUUGACACCCCCCCGGGUCCCUCCCGUGCCAGCUGCUGUAGCGAGGACCCCCAAGGACACUGCCAAACCCCCCUGGCACUGGGCAGGAGUGGGGCAGGGCUGGGAGGGGGGUGAGGGGGAGCACCUGGGAUGAAUUUGGGGAGGGGGGUCUCAGUGGGACCCUGGGGCAGCUCUUGGUGCAUUUCCAUGGGCAGAUGUGCCCACGGGGGGGAAUGCACUGGGAGAGGGGGUACAGGAGGGGAAGGGGGGAUGCACUGGGGGGGGGUGCAGGAGGGGAGGGGGGGAUGCACUGGGGGCGUGCAGGGGGGCACUGGGGCGAUGAACUGGGCAACGAUGAACUGGGGCGAUGGAUUGGAGCAGGGCACGGCUCGAUGGGCACCGCGGCCACCGGGGGGCUGGGCAGGGCAUUGUCCCUGUCCCCACCACCCCCCGUCCGGCCGCGCAGGCAGGGCUCGGCACCGGGCAGCACCUCCCCUCCUCACACCCCUCCCCUCUCCCCGCACACGUUUUGGGCAGGACCCCUCUCCCCCCGCACCCCCCUUUUCCCCCCACGCUCCCCGGUUUCUGUUUCCAGCCACUUUCCAGCCGCUAGACCUUGUUGGGAUGUAAAGAAUGUAAUUUAUCGGGAAUUCACUGGCCCAUACUUGCCUUUCACUGCUACAAACGACAUAUCUAUAAAUAUAUAUAUAAAUAUGGGUUGUUUUCGGACUGGACUACAGUGAUUCACUUUCUCUGUUUUUUUGUUAGAGUUUAUUUUAUUUGCUGGUGUCGGAGAAUCCGCGUGAGAGUGAUUUUUUGCUUACAAUUAAAGGUGAAAUGGCUUUA